ACGCACGAACCAGACUUGGGCUUAUCCGGAAGUUAAAAUGAAUAAACAUAUUCUCCACGCCUGAUCAUAAGGUGGUUAUGAAAUUUAGAGCAGGGUUUUUUUAAUUCAUUCUUUCUUCUUAGUCGAAACUUGUUGAUUUAAAGAGCGCUUCAAUGAAGAAAAAACAGCGCAGGAAAUAGUAAGUCCGGGGAAAGAACAGUAGCCGCAGUUUCUUUUUCCGUUCAUUACUUCCAAAAAUCACAAGUCCCGGAAACGCGAGGACAACAGUAAAUUCAAGCGUGAACUAAGCCUAUGAGACGGAAUCAUGAGACUGACAGGCCCUCUGCGAGCUGUAGUUGUGCUGCUCCUGGUGGGGCUCACCUGGCUGCUAGCCAGCUCCUUAUUUGGAGGGGAGAGCGCUUUAUCAGUCCGGCACUUCUUCAGUGGCACAAGUGCAGAACCAACACCUGCUGAGCCCCGUCCCCGGAAGUAUAAAUGUGGACUUUCGGCCCCCUGCCCCGCAAAGCAUUUGGCUUUCCGUCUGGUGUCUGGUGCUGCAAAUGUCAUCGGUCCGAAAAUCUGCUUGGAGGACAAGAUGCUAGUGAGCAGCGUGAAGAACAACGUUGGCAGGGGGUUAAACAUAGCUUUGGUGAAUGGGGUGACAGGCGAACUCUUGGACACACAGACCUUUGAUAUGUGGGCAGGAGAUGUUUCUAACCUGUUGAAAUUUUUGCGGCCCCUCCACGAGGGAACGCUUGUGUUUGUGGCCUCCUUUGAUGACCCUGCUUCAAAACUGAAUGAUGAGUCUCGACGACUGUUUGAGGAGCUCGGGAGCACAGCCGUGAAAGACCUGGCCUUCAGGGACAGUUGGGUGUUUGUUGGAGCCAAGGGAAUUGAGAAUAAAAGUCCCUUUGAGCAGCGCAUGAAGAACAGUAAAAGUAGCAACAAGUACGAGGGCUGGCCUGAGUCUUUGGAGAUGGAUGGCUGCAUUCCCUUGCGGCCGCCGCUUGACCAUUAACUCCGCAGCCACUUCACUGUUGAAGAAACAAGGAGGGAAAAGACUGUUGGAAAGCCACAGAGCUGCUAAAUGACUAAAACCGUUCAACAUCCACAGGUGCCACCAAUAACACUUGGAUUUCCCUCUCGUGGCUGCGGAACGAACAAAAUGCUGAUAUUACCUAGCCUUUGUACUUGAUUUAGAGGAUUUUCUGAAUUAAACAUUUGAGGUCGAGGAACUGUUUUCUAGACCGGGAAAACUAUAUGUGGCUGAGAGGAUGUUGUAGGUCUGAAUGUUUGACGACCAAAGAGUGAGAGUGAAAAGUGAAUGAAUACAGCCGAAGUAGAUUUUCCAAAGCCGUUAAGAGAAAUUGAUUUAGUUCCUCUCUUCGAAAUUGGCUGUAGGACGAGUGUUCUCAUCUUGAGCAACAGGAAUAAGUUGAAUAUUUGCACCAUAAAGGCAAAGACAAUGAGCUGAUUCUACAUUAUGUUCAGGAAAACAAGAGCCCUGAGCAGGAGCUCUGUUGAUAGAUUUUCAAGUUUCACCAUGUAAUAUAUAUACUGCAUUAAUGUUGCUAAGUCCAUAGCUUUCACUGUUUCCGUAGAACUUGAUACACAGCAGCCAUUCCUUACAUUAUGUUUACAGAUUUCUUCAGCCUAUUUCCUACUCUUAAAAAUAUUUAUUUUCAUAUUUUAACGGGACAACAAAUUACGAGUUAACCAUAACACCUCAAAUGGUUUUAAUGGUGUCUCAGGCCUGCAAGCGACACUCCAGUGCUUUGUUUUAAAGAGUCGACUUUCAUGUUUGGUUGUAUGUGAGGUUUAUGGUAAAUAUUGAAUGUAUUUCUUUGGCCUACCGCAAGCCUAAUACUGUGAAUAAAUAAACUAUUUGAUCUGUUUUGCUAGAGGUAUGUUUGAUUGCUUUUGUAUGUAUUUGAUUAUGUUAACCACGUGUGAAGAUUUUCUUUUUUUGUUUUAAAUAAAAUAUUUAAUUCUGUUUUACAAUAGUAAAAGAAUAAAGAUGGUCUGA